AUGGCUAGUGAGGAGAGUUUCGUAGUGUUGGUUCACCACAGAGGAUCCAUUAAGAGGAAAACUCGUUCCGGUGUGAAGUUCACUGAUAAGGAUCCUCUCUGUAUUAUCGUAAGGCCUAUGACGAGGUAUGAGGACCUUGUUAGCUCUGUACUGCUGAAACUUGGUCUAGAAGGUGUGAAACGGGUUAAGAAGUUUUUUUUAUCGAAUUCCAAUCACGGUGCUCCAAGAAACCGUAAAUUGGUUGACGCGGUGUCCAGCUCGGGGGGUUCGAACCGGAAUACCACCACUUUAGCCACGGUAGCCGGUUCUAGCUCCAGACCAGCCGUUGCAUCUUCCUCCGUCCCUGCGUACGAGCCACCCGUCCAACCUGUCGCCUCCCUUUCGUUCGCUGUUAAUCUCAACGGGAGUGUAGGCGACGAGGUCGGAGAAGGGGAAUAUCCGCGGACCUCUUUACAGUGUGUUGUACCGGAUGGGGUUGGAGAUGGAUUCUUGGAUGAUCCAGAGGACGAUGAUGUCGAGCCGGAUAUGAUUGCUGAUGACAGUGGCGAUGGUGCUGGAGCAAGUGAGCAUGUUGGGGCGGGCGGUGGUUCUAGCUCUGGAACGCAGCAGUACCCUCCACAUUUUUCCUCUUUGGACUUGGAUGCCAUGAGGCAGGAGGGGGUACCUGGGCAGCCGGCUGGAUUUGGCGCUAGAGAUGCUGAAGGGUCUGCAGGUCUGACAAAGUUUCAGGUUGGUCAGCAAUUUCCGGAUAAAGAAGAGGCCCUCUUAAGUGUCAAGACUUACAGCAUCCGUCGAGGGGUACAGUACAAGGUCGUGGAGUCUGACUAUCGCCGGUAUGUGGGCAAGUGUUUUGAGUUCGGCAAUGGGUGCACAUGGUUGAUUCGGCUUAGUCUCCGACAACGAAAGGGAGUUUGGGAGGUCAAACGUUACAACGGACCGCAUACUUGUCUCGCCCCCUCGAUUUUCAGCGACCACAGGAGUUUGGAUUACCAUGUGAUAUCGGCAUUCAUUAUGCCAAUGGUUAGGGCUGAUGCAUCUGUCAGCAUCAAGGUGCUCCUAAAUGCCACCGCCACACACUUUGGGUUUAGGCCGACUUACAGGAGGGUCUGGUUGGCGAAGCAGAAGGCUGUUGCCCUCAUCUAUGGUGACUGGGAUGAGUCGUACAACGAGCUCCCAAGGUGGGUGUUAGGAGUCCAGUUGACGAUGGCUGGUACUGUUGCAGUCCUAAAGACGAUCCCUCCCCUAAUUAGUAUUGACGGCACCCAUCUGUAUGGCAAGUAUGGGGGAACGUUGCUUGUCGCAAUUGCACAGGACGGGAACUCCAACAUACUCCCUGUUGCAUUCGCAUUAGUCGAGGGUGAGAAUGUUGAGUCGUGGUCCUUCUUUCUCUCCCACCUGCGUGAGCAUGUGACACCGCAGCCGGGUCUGCUGGUUAUCUCGGACAGGCAUAACGGCAUCAAGGCCGCGCUUGAGGCUCCUGACGGAGGCUGGUUACCUCCGUUUGCAUACCAGGCAUUCUGCAUUCGACAUGUUGCGGCAAAUUUUGCCCUCACCUUCAAGGGCAAAGACGCAAGGAGGCUACUUGUGAAUGUGGCGUACGCUAAGACCGAGGUCGAGUUCCAUUACUGGUUUGAUAUUCUUAGGUCCGAAGACCCGGCGAUGUGUGACUGGGCGAACCGGAUUGAGUAUUCAUUGUGGACACAGCAUUGUGAUGAGAAGCGUAGAUUCGGACACAUGACGACGAAUAUAUCUGAGUGUGUGAACUCGAUCCUCAAGGGUGUACGAAACCUUCCUGUGUGCUCGCUAGUGAAGGCAACAUACGGAAGGUUGGCCGAAUUAUUUGUUCGCAAAGGGAGAGGCUGA